UGAGCGCUUGCAUCACUCACGAAAGCCAUACCAUUAUCCCCGAGGAGGAACGAGAUGGCGAGGCACGCCGGCAAUGCGUAUGCUGCUGUGCUCGUGGCUCUCUUCUUCUUCGCGGUUAUCGGCGGAGAUGCGCAAUCUUCGACCGCUCUCGUCCCGGCCAUCAUAACAUUUGGUGACUCCACGGUUGAUGUGGGCAACAACGACUACAUCCACACCGCAUUCAAGGCAAAUUGCCCGCCUUAUGGGAGGGACUUCGUGAACCAUCAGGCGACCGGGAGGUUCUGCAAUGGAAAACUGGCGACCGAUAUCACUGCUAAUACUCUGGGGUUUACCAGCUAUCCGCCGGCAUAUCUUAGCCCGCAAGCGUCUGGAAAGAACCUCCUGAUGGGAGUCAACUUUGCUUCUGCUGCAUCUGGGUAUUAUGAUGAAACAGCGUACUUAAAUCAUGCCAUUCCUCUGCCCCAGCAGUUGAAAUAUUACAAGGAAUAUCAGUCCAAGCUUGCAAUGGUGGCCGGGAGCAAGCAGGCAUCAUCCAUCCUCUCCGGCGCGCUCUACAUUCUGAGCGCUGGAGCCAGCGACUUCAUACAGAACUACUACAUCAACCCUGACCUUUAUAAGUCCCAGUCCCCUGACCAAUACUCUUCGUUGCUCGUUUCCAUCUUCACACAAUUCGUUAAGGAUCUCUACGGCUUAGGGGCUCGAAAGAUUGGAGUGACUUCACUGCCACCAUUAGGAUGCCUUCCUCUAUCAAUCACACUCUUUGGACAUGGCAGCCACCAAUGCGUCCCCAGGCUUAAUGGUGAUGCCCAGAACUACAACAGGAAGCUCGGUGCUGCAGUGAACUCAUUAGCAAAGCAGCUCCCCCAGCUAAAGAUAGCGGUCUUCGAUGUCUACACGCCCCUCUAUGAUCUUGCCACCAAUCCUUCUAAAAAGGGCUUCUUUGAGGCGAGGAGAGGCUGCUGUGGGACUGGGACCAUCGAGACAACCACGCUGCUGUGCAACCCCAAGUCGAUUGGGACGUGCCCGGAUGCUAGUAAGUAUGUGUUCUGGGACAGCGUCCACCCAUCCGAAGCUGCGAACCAAGUAAUUGCCGACUCUCUGGUCAACCAAGGCAUCAACCUUAUUUCGUGAACAAGGACUGGAGAAAAAAAAAAAAGGAGGCUGAAUUGUGAAUUAAUUAGGCUUCAUUACCUAAGGAGCCACUGUUACUGCUAUGUGUCACUAAAGGCAUAAUAGUGUGAAAAUAAAAUGUUGCCAACGUUCUAACACAAGACUGGCCUUGUUGUAUGGACAAAGACAGGAGGAAUAAGGCUGCAAGGAUCCACUGUUAUUGUAUCAUCAAUUAAUGGUAAGAAAAUAAAUUUGUGUUGGUGUAGAACUGAUGAUGACCGGUGGGGAAAUCGUUGCCUUUGAA